GCCUGGAUUGAUUGAUGGCUGCUUUAUUCUCAGUUUUCACUUAUUUACCUUGCUAAUUGUUAGCAUUCAGUCCUGUCACUGAUACUGAUGUUAGCAACACUGAAAUCCGUCAACUUCUGAUGGUUUUGUAAGUAAAUUAACGUUAGUUGCUCAAAUCUGCUUCAUUCACUGACGUCCAAAGGGAGAUCUGCGGAGAACCUACCACAGACCUCUUCACUACAGACGGUCUAAACUGAAGCAUGAUGAAGCACACACACAGGUGGUGCCAGACUCCCCCCUCGGUAACUGUCCGGGUCAGACCCAACAGUUCACACUCCCUCCAAAUCAGAAGGGCUCUCAGGCUCAAAAGAGCCAAUAGCCAGGACGCCCAGGGCCCACCAGGGAAGAGCCAGCCCAGCCAGUGUCGGAAUGAGAUGUGUUAUGCCAAAAUGACCGUGACCCCAACUAUUGUCAUCCAGCGGCAGGAAAUGGCGUCAUUCUUUAGACUUUUUGAUGAUGGCCUGAUCCAGGACUUUUUGUGGAUGGACUGUUGCUGUAAAAUGAGUGACAAGUACCUUCUAGCCAUGACCUUUGUGUACUUCAAAAGGGCCCGCUUCAGUAUUGCUGAGUACACCAGAAAGAAUUUAUUCAUUGCACUGUACCUUGCCAACACCAUGGAGGAGGACGAGGAGGAGAGCAAGUAUGAGAUUUUCCCAUGGGCACUGGGCAAGAACUGGAGGAAGCAGUUUCCCCGCUUCCUCAAGCAGCGAGACAAGCUGUGGGCUCGCAUCGAGUACAGAGCUGCUGUCAGCAGGCGCUGCUGCGAAGAGGUGAUGGCCAUUAUGCCGUCUCACGUCGUGUGGCAACGAGAGCGGUCAGAGCACCACAGCGGCGCCCAGCGACAGUAUGGUGACCGAGACCACACACGUAUUCCCCGCGGGCCCUCGGCCUCCCCGGUCUCCUGUGCCCUCUGUAACGGUGGCACCAGUUUAGAUCCGGGCCCGGGCUCCUCUUCUCUCUCCAGAUGCUCUUCUGUGCAGGCCCCAAACCCUGCCUUUUCACACCCUUUCUCCUCCAUGCUGAUUUUGGAGACCACCCCACCCAAGGCUGUAGCCUCUUGUAGGAAUGCGGUGAAGACUAAAAGCCAGGCACAGCAUUCCUCCUGCUGCUGUGCUGAGGUUUCCAGUAGGGGAUGAGUCUUCCUGUGGGUCCACAUAUGACACCUCCAUGGACUGGAUCAGUGAGGAGUAGAGCAGCAUCACAUGACCUCAGCAACUACUCUUUGUGCUGGCCGAGCUAUUGUGUGUUACUGCCUCACCUCUUUAAUACCACAGUUACACUGAAGUAAAAGUGCAAAAAGUGUAACUUGCUACUGCUUUAACACAGCUGGUUGGAACAACUUUAGCUGUUAAAAGUGACUGUAAGCAGCUGGAAGAAUGAGCUAAUGCCAGACUGUGCAGGAAACAUGCAGUAAGAUUAAUGUGGCACACCAAAGAGUAUUGUAAAGGUUUGUUUGACCUACAUGGAGUUAUUGUUAUUUAUUUAUUUAUAUAUUUAUUUACUGAAGCACUUCUGGGGGGUUAUGACGGCUAUUUAUUCACAGAUGGUUUAAGAAAUUCUCAGCUGAUUAACACAUGUCCUUUACACAGUCUGUCACAUACUGGGAUUCUACUGGGUGUGUGUUUUGUUUUGUUUUUUUAGUAUUGUUGCCAGUGUGCCUGUUUAAUGAUCUAACCCUGCCUCUUGAGUUUUGAAUAAAGGCUUGAACUUUU